AUGGCGCCCACGCGCUAUUCCCUCUCCAUCAAACCCCCCGACCGCGCCGCGGAAGAUGGAUCCGCGGAAGCCCCCCCGCGGAGAAGCAGCCACAGCAGCAACUUCACCCCUGGGGGAAUCGGAACCGCAGCUGGCGGAGCACCAGCUGGCGCAGCAGGCGGAGCGCGGGGGUCGGGGGGGGCGAACAGAGGGCACUAUGACGCCGGGCCUUGGGCUAUUCGCGUUCCCAGUCAGGAUGCGGACGUGCGAAGCUUCCAGGAAGCAGGCAGGGAUCCAUGGGGUUACGCAGCAGGAGACGGCGCGGGGAGGCAGGGUGGUGGUGAUGCCAGCUACGGCGCUGGGGGGGGAGGGGGGGGAAUGAGCGGGGAAGGUGGACUUGGAGGAGGUGGACCCGGGGGAGGUGCAUCUGGAUCAAGAUUCGGGUUUGAGGGCGGCAGGAUCCAGCGAAGAUUCUCUCUUUCCACCCCGCGGGAGAUCGCCAGGCUGGCGCAUGCUACGAGCGGCAGCGCCAGUGCCAGCAAUGGGCCUGAGAGGCACGGGUUACAGGCUCACCCGCCACAGGUGCAGGCGCAGGUGCAGCAGCUGCUGUACCCGCUUCACCAGCACCUAACCCAGUUGCAGCAGCAGCAGCAGCAGCAGCAGCAACUGCAACAGCAACAGCAGCAACAGCAGCAGCUGCAAGGAAUGAACAUGCCAGGCACACCCCAUCGUCCCACCUUCUACCGAGGCCUCUCCUCAUCCUACGAGGAGGCCGCCCAAGAUGCAAUCGCAGCCGUCCAAGCUGCGCAGGCAGCAGCAGCCGCCGCGUCAGCCAACGGGCCUUCCAAUUCCGGCUCUUUUUCCACUGUUGGUUCGGGCAGUUUCAACAAUUCCAUGGGUAAUUUCCUCCGACAACCAACUACCCCUCGGUCGAUACCACCCUCCCAGUCCUCCACCCGGGUUGAGCGGCUGCUGAGGGAGCGGCAGAUGAGGCGCAGCACGAGCUUCCUCCAGUUCGACGUGGACUCUGUGGACGGGCGGAUAAUGACGCCACGUGGCAUUGCCACGUCACACGGCAGUGCUGGGUCAAUUGCAGGGCCACCAGCUCCUGGAGCAACAGGAGGAGCACCGGGAAUGGGAGGAGGAGGCGGAGGAGGAGGGGGAGGGGGAGGGGGAGGAGGGGGAGCAGGAGGGGGCGCAGGGGCAGCGUGGGUACCAGGGCGUGCGCCCAUGAUUGGCCGAGCCAGCACGGCCUCCCGAGGCCAGUUCGCGUUUGGCUCGGCCGCCCAAGGCACCAGGUCCGGGCCGCUAGCCCCGGUAAACCUGAUGAUAGGUCCGGACAGCCGAAACUCCAGCUAUGACAAUCUGGCUGCUGUUGCCGCCGCUCACACCCCCCACAGCUCCUCUAUUCCCACUCCCUACGCCUCCACUCCACCCCGCCUCCCCUCUGCUGCCGCUUCCCCAUACCCUCUCUCCUCAUCCCCCCACAUGGCCUCUCCAGCCAUCCCACGUCCGUUGGGCUCCACGCCCCGCCUUUCCUCCUCCCUCAUAGCUUACCCGGGGUUCAGGGGUGGGGGCGCCAUGCCGCGUGUGCAGAGCAGUGGCGAGCUCACUGCGGCUGCAGCACAGGCAGCAGGGUUGGCCGAUAGGAUUCCGGAAGAGGGGAUGGGAGCGGGGGACGUGGGAGGGGGGAGUGCGAGUCCAGGGGUGACUGUGCUGCCAGGGGUAGCCGGGAUUCCGGGUCCGGGAAUGGCUGUUUCAGGAGGUGUGGGAGCAGGAGGAGCAGGGCCGGCUGUAGCGAGGCCGGCUGUAGGGGGGGCGGAUGUAGCUGGGCCGGCUGUAGCAGGGUCGGCUGUAGCAGGGCCGGCUGUAGCGUCACCACAGCAUAGGAUGGGCGGCGUGAAGCAGAACUUUGAGACGUGCUGGAUAGGCUGGCCGGGGCUGUACCUGCACUCGCCUGCAGACCAGCAGCAGCUUCACGACGCCCUGCAGGCCAAGGGAUGCGUGCCUGUGUUUCUAGAUGAAAACACAAUGAACGCGUACUACAACGGGUACUGCAACAACGUGCUGUGGCCGCUGCUGCACUACAUCGGCCUGCCCCAGGAGGACCGCCUCUCCGCCACGCGCUCCAUCCAGGGCCAGUACGGCGCCUACCGCUCGGCCAAUCACAGCUUUGCUGACGUGGUCAUGGCCCAGUACCGCCAGGGGGACAUUGUGUGGGUGCAUGACUAUCACCUCAUGCUGCUGCCGCAGUAUCUUAAAGCCCGCAGCCCCAACAUGAAGGUGGGAUGGUUCCUGCACACGCCCUUCCCCUCCAGCGAGUUCUUCCGAGCGCUGCCCCUCCGAGAGGAGAUCCUGCAGGCCGUGCUCGCUGCUGACCUCAUCGGCUUCCACACGUAUGACUACGGGCGGCAUUUUGUGAGUGCGUGUGCGCGCAUUCUGGGGCUGGAGGGCACGCCAGAGGGCGUGGAGGACCACGGCCGGCUCACACGCGUUGCUGCGUUCCCGAUUGGCAUAGACCCGGAGCGGUUCAUCUCAGCACUGGAGAGCAACGUGGUCAAGACGCACAUCGCAGAGCUGCGAGCAAGAUUCUCCGGCCGCAAGGUGAUGCUGGGCGUGGAUCGGCUGGACAUGAUAAAGGGCAUACCGCAGAAGCUGAUCGCAUUUGAGAAGUUUCUCGAGGAGCACCCUGACUGGCGCGACAAGGUCCUUCUUGUGCAGAUCGCCGUGCCCUCCCGCACCGACGUGCCCGAGUACCAGAAGCUGACGAGUCUGGUGCAUGAGAUCGUGGGGCGAAUCAACGGUCGAUUCGGCACUCUCACCACCGUGCCCAUCCAUCACUUGGACCGAUCGCUGGCCUUUCACGAGCUGUGCGCCCUCUAUGCCAUAACGGACGUGCUGCUGGUGACGUCGCUGCGGGACGGCAUGAACCUGGUCAGCUACGAGUACGUGGCGUGCCAGAACUACAAGAAGGGCGUGCUCAUCCUCAGCGAGUUUGCAGGCGCGGCACAGUCACUCGGAGCAGGAGCACUCCUAGUGAAUCCGUGGAACAUCACGGACAUGUCGAGCGCCAUAGAGGACGCUCUCACGAUGGGCGAGGAGGAGCGUGUGGACCGCCACCGCUACAACUUCCUACAUGUCACCACUCACACCGCACAGGCCUGGGCGGACACGUUUGUCAGCGAGUUGAACGAUACGGUGGUGGAGGCACAGCUGCGCACGCUGCACAUCCCCCCGCUGCUGCCCGUGUCCCAGUGUGUCGACCGCUUCCACCAGUGCCGCAACCGCCUCCUCAUCCUCGGCUACAACGGCACGCUCACAGCUCAGGUGGAGCCACACAGGCGGCGCACGCCCGAUCAGAUCAAGGAGAUGAAGGUUCGUCUACACCCGAUCAUGCCGGCUGCGCUGCGCCGUCUCUCCUCCGACCCGGCCAACACGAUCGUCAUAAUGAGCGGCUCAGAGCGAGCCGUGCUGGACGAGGCAUUCAGCGAGUAUGACGUGUGGCUGGCGGCGGAGAACGGCAUGUUCAUGCGGCACACGAGAGGGGAGUGGAUGACCACCAUGCCUGAACACCUCAACAUGGACUGGCUUGACUCCGUGCAGUUGGUGUUUGAGUAUUUCACGGAGCGCACGCCACGGUCAUACGUGGAGGAGAGGGAGACCUCUCUGGUGUGGAACUACAAGUAUGCCGACGUGGAGUUUGGCCGCGUGCAGGCCCGUGACAUGCUGCAGCAUCUCUGGACGGGUCCGAUUUCGAAUACUGCAGUGGAUGUGGUGCAGGGUGGAAAGUCAGUGGAGGUGCGGCCAGUGGGGGUGAGCAAGGGAGCGGCCAUGGAGAGGGUGUUGGGGGAGAUCGUGCAUCAGAAGCCGCUGCCGUGCCCCUUUGACUUCGUCAUGACCGUCGGCCACUUCCUCUCACGGGACGAGGACAUAUACCAGUUCUUUGAACCAGACCUACCGCAUGACAACAACAUGCCCCCCCCCAUGGACGCUUACCAGCAGAGCAUGGAUGGCACCCCCUUACCUCCCUUCCUCUCACCCCUCAUCUUCCCGCUACCCCUUCAACAGGACGAGGACAUAUACCAGUUCUUUGAACCAGACCUACCGCAUGACAACAACAUGCCCCCCCCCAUGGACGCUUACCAGCAGAGCAUGGAUGGCACCCCCUUACCUCCCUUCCUCUCACCCCUCAUCUUCCCGCUACCCCUUCAACAGGACGAGGACAUAUACCAGUUCUUUGAACCAGACUUACCUCAUGACAACAACAUGCCCCCUGGCAUGGACGGUUACCAGCAGAGCAUGGACGGCACCAUGGGUCCCAUGGAUGGUAACUGUGGUGUAUCCAUGGAUGGUAACAUGGUAACCAUGGGUCAUGCGUCUUUGGAGGGGGCAGCCAUGGAUCAAGUCACGAGGGAUCAUAUCACGGCUCUUGAGCAUGCUGAUUCAUACUUACCCGAGUAUUACACUACCAGCCCCACCACCACGUUCGAUACAAGCACCACCGCUACAAGCACUCUCACCGCUCCUCAUGAUCGCUCCAAUCCUCCUCCUGACACCAAGCCUCCCCCGGGCCUCCCUCCCGCACCUCCUCCGAGUGUCCCCGGACCUGACAGCCUAGGCUCGGCGCCGCUGCCUAUGUUUGCCGGACCAGGAUACGGCAGCCCCGUGCCGCAGUCAGCGGCUCGGGGGGGAGGUUCGGGGCCGCUGGUGGCACGUGUGAUUUUUGGGGAUUCGCAGAGCAGAAACCAAUUGGAGGGUGGGGGAAGACACGCGGGGAGGGAUGGUGCUGCCUCCCCUGCCACCACUGCUGCUGCUGCCACCGCUGCUGCUGCUGCUGCUACUGCUGCUGCUGCUACCUCAGCAGCUGCCACUGGUGCUUCGGUUGCUGCUGGUCCUAGCUCACCCUCUCCCUCUUUCUCUGCUGCUGCUGCGCUCUCUGACGCCGACCCACGACCCCACACUCCCGACUCCGUCACAGCACGCAGCAGCCGGCUCAAGGCCGAGUCGCGGGGAGGAGGGAGCACUGACGGAGACGCAGUAGGGUCGGAGGGAAGAGCAGCACCAGCAGGGGUGGGGGCAGGAGCAGGGGCAGGGGGGGUAGCUCUGGAAGGCGCCACGGGCAGCCCGAGAAAAACCGGCAUGGGGCGAAGCAGCAGUGGCGGGCGGGGGGAGGCGGAGCUAUGUUCCCCAGCUUCAGGCAACGCUGCUGGUGCUCAGGGAGUGGGGAAUGGGAGUGGAAGGAGAGAGGAGGCAAAUGGAGGAGAGGCGGUUGAGAGAUUGCUCGCGCCAAUCACUGGGUUUUCCAACCUGUCGAGCUUUUCAAGCCAUUCUGGGACGACUGGCGUUUCAGACGAGUCGGGAUUUUCCACACAGGAGAGCUCGUCAAUGCUUCCAACUGUUUUGGACUCUGAGGAGGAUGGGCAUGGGGAGGAAAUAAGCCAUCGGAGCAGUGGGGAGUAUUGCCCGAUUGUCGAUCUCAAUGCCGAUUCGUACUUUUCGUGUGCUGUGGGGCGCAAGCGGGACCUGGCUAUGGUGGCGGCAGGGGCGGCGGAGGGCGCGGAGGACCGGGAUUUCGGGGGGGGCGAGGAGGAGGCAGGGGCGGGCCCGGACGAGGACCCGGUGGGGGCCUCGGGCUGGGCCCUGGCGCCGCUCUGGGCACGUUCUAUGGCCACGAACAACACCGACUACAAUGUCCGUUACGUGCUGAGGAUUGGCGGCCUGCCGACCCCAGGUCUUCCUACCGCUGCCGCCGUCCUGAAUAAUAACGGCGACGCUGUCCUUGAUUUCCCCGAUGCCACGUGGACCAACACGACUGGGCAGCAGCCUUAUGGCUACGGCUGGAGGAGGCGCAACCGUGCAUGGGUCUUUGGUGUGUGUUUCCGUUACAAUGCUACAGGGGUUUACUACAACGCGAACACGAAGACCACUGAUGGCGGCAAGACGAUUGGGUCUAUUGCUGUGGCUAUGGUUGCCGCUCCUGCAGCUUAUAGUGGCCGUAUCACUGCUCCGGGUGGCGUUGCUGCUGGCAAGUUCCACACUUGGCGUUAG